CCCCCAACCCGCUGCCGGUACCGGGAGGCGCCGCCGGAGCAGCACCCGCCAUGGACUCGGACUCCUGCGCCUCCCCGCCGCCCCCCGAGGAUUUUCCCCCGAGCUCCAAGCGCUGCCGGACGGUGGAGGAUUUCAACAAGUUUUGCACGUUCGUCCUGGCCUACGCGGGGUACAUCCCUUACCCGCACGAGCAGGACGCAUCCGAGUGGAGCAGCGCCAGCUCCCCCAACAGCACCCGGGGGGCCAUUGACAGCGAUGGCGGGGAGCCCCCUUUGGGCCACAUCGCCCUGCCCGGGAAGGCCCGGAAGAGCUUCAGCCAACUCAAGCACGGGAAAGCCUAUUCCUCGCUCUACCAGUGGACGAAGCCCAACGGCUUCCUGGUGAACAGGAAAAAAAUGGAGAAGAUCCGGAAGAAGAGGCGGCUGGUGAGGAAGGAGGCCCCGGGCCCGGUGCCCGCCCCAGAGGUGAAGUACCCGGCGGAGGAAGAGUUGCUGGAGCGGGAAGGAGAAGAGCCGUACGCAGAGACACCACUGAGCCCAUCCUCCGAAGGGGACGCUCGGUCCUCCACGGGGCGCGGCUCCGCCUGGGACUCAGACACCCCGUCCAACCCGCCGUACCCGGCCCCGGUGCCUGAGGAGCAGGGCCUCGUCCAGACGGUGGGCAAGCGCACCAUCAUACGGCAAGGCAAGCAGGUGGUCUUCCGGGACGAGGAUGGCAGCGGCGAUGACGAGGACAUCAUGGUGGAUUCAGAUGACGACUCCUGGGACCUGGUCACCUGCUUCUGCAUGAAGCCCUUUGCCGGGCGCCCCAUGAUCGAAUGCAAGGAGUGCCACACCUGGAUCCACCUCUCCUGUGCCAAGAUCCGCAAAUCCAACGUCCCUGAGGUCUACGUCUGCCAGAAAUGCCGGGAUUCCAAAUUCGACAUCCGGCGCUCCAGCCGUUCCCGGACGGGCUCCCGCCGGCGCUUCCUGGACUAGCCGGCUGGAGAGCGCGCGACGCAAAACGGGCCGGGUGCGCAAAAUUUGAGAUUUGACAGGGCAGCGGAACACGGGUCGCAGUGGAGAGCUUGUGGGAACUGAGGUCCUCUGAUCUUCUGGAUGUCCUGAUUCCCCACUGGAGGACGAACUAAUUCAGGGCCACAAAGGUGGGGAAGGGUGGGUAGGACAAGAGGCUUUAUGGGGCUGGGCGGUCCUCCCCACUUCCUCUUUUGUCUUGGAAGCACAAAGGGAAUUAACCGGUUGCUGGGAGCUGACCAGUUCCCCCUUCAGGGAGGGAGGGAGGGAGAUGCAAACAGGCCGGUGAUGGGACUGGGAGAUCUCUAAGGGACUUGAGAAAGGCACAAUCUAGCCUCACUUGAAGCACAGAUUUGGAGAUCAGCUGCCUUGGACCGUUCUAAGGAUUUAUUCCCCCGGGAGGUCAUUCCAAAGAUUUGCAAGCCACUUGGUUCUGGAACCGCUUCCCCCAAGCUGAGCUUGGAAAGACGGGAACGAUGCAAAAAAUCUUAUUUUGACAGCAGGUGCACUGGGGACGGGGGAGCCCUCCCAUCUGGCAGGUUCUCUCCCCCCGCCGAAAAAGCCAACGAGCUAGAAUUCGGCAGAUUCUGACUUCCGAGCUCUAAAAGGGAAUCGACACCUGCCAAAGAGGGGAGCAAAGUUUUUCCUGGUGCUUCAAGAAGAGCGGAGGUCCUUAAAGCUGGACAGUGGGAUGAGGCCAAGGGGCUACAGAGGGGUUCGGCUGUAAUUUGGCACUCCCUUUGGACUUUUUAAAGAGACUGCCCUGCAGCUCCUAAGAUGGGUGGGUACAGAAAGUGGAUGGAAAGCCCCUAAUUCUUGGUAAGUAAGAUAUUCCUGGUCUUUUUCUGGUGUUGAGGCUUUGUCCACUUCCCAAAAGGCUGUAGGGAGAACUUUUGCAGAGCUAAAGGUAUAUUCUGGCUUGGUGUCCGGGUUCCUCCAAAGGAUUCCCUGCAAGACACAUUAGGAUACCUCGUCUUUGCCAUCUGAGGCCAACAUUUCUGGAAAGGAACCAGCCAGCCAACCCACUGGGAGAUGUCUGAGUGUCUUGUGUGGAAGAAAAGCUUCCAUUUUAUUUUGGGACUCCACGCUCUAGGACUGCUUUUCAGCCCCCUUCUCUUUUGGUUGUCCACGCUCCAGGCGGGGUCCCCUUGGCCCAAACCGCUGGAUCUUUGGCAGCAGAAACAGCUGCGCGUCAAGGGUCCGUCUGCGUACAAUCUGUUGAAGAGCUUUAAUUUU